CCCUUUCAAAGAUGGCCGCCCUGUUGUUUUGAUGAAUAAUACUUGGUGGGGCGAGGGGGAAAGAGUAGGGGUGGAGGGGUAGGAGGAUUUACUCUUCCAGCGAGAGCUACGCGCGUCCCAUCCUCCCCCUCCCCCCUACCCGGGCUCCGGCGUGGAGGCGGGGCGUGGCCGGCCUGCUUUGGGAGGGGAGGGGCUUCCCUUACAGUGCUGGGCUCUGCCAGGACGGCUGUGGGGUCGCCUUACCUCGGGGUAUCCACUCUGCAGUGGACCAGUUCCCGCCAGAGGCAAAGGGUAGGAAGGAGAGCAGGUUCUGCUGUAGGAACGCAGCUACCGCGCCACUAUCACGAAGACACAGCAGGCUCGGGGCACGAGACGAGCUGGAGACCGCGCUGCCUAGUCUGGGUAACCUGGGAAGCAGAGGGUAGUAAGUGGCGCCUUAAGAUAACCCUGUAGCAGCAGCAGUGGCGGCCAGAGGAGGCUGCUCAGGGAACAAGCGGCUGUAGUAGUCUCUGGGGCGAUUGGAGUGACCGAAGCCAAGGCAGUUCAGUGCCUCUUGUGUUCUUAUUUUUUAACCUCUGACUAUGCAAUUCUGAAACCUCCCCCAUUCGGGGGACCAGACAGCCUGAUAGACACCUUCCACUCUCCUUCCUCCCGCCGUGGUCGCGAGAACAGAAGGAUCUCUCCCUAACGCCUUUCACCAUUAAGAGGAAAGCGAUGGAGGAGCUGAGCGCUGAUGAGAUUCGACGGAGGCGCCUUGCACGACUUGCUGGUGGACAGACCUCUCAGCCAACCACCCCACUCACCUCUCCCCAGAGGGAGAACCCUCCGGGGCCUCCCAUAGCGGCAUCAGCCCCAGGACCCUCUCAGAGUCUUGGUCUCAAUGUCCACAACAUGACCCCAGCUACCUCCCCAAUAGGUGCAUCAGGAGUAGCCCAUCGAAGCCAGAGCAGUGAAGGAGUCAGUUCUCUCAGCAGCUCGCCCUCUAAUAGCCUUGAAACGCAAUCUCAGUCUCUCUCACGUUCCCAGAGCAUGGAUAUCGAUGGUGUCUCAUGUGAGAAAAGCAUGUCCCAGGUGGAUGUGGAUUCAGGAAUUGAAAACAUGGAGGUUGAUGAAAAUGAUCGAAGAGAAAAACGGAGCCUCAGUGAUAAGGAGCCUUCCUCGGGCCCUGAAGUGUCUGAAGAGCAGGCCUUACAGCUGGUCUGUAAGAUCUUCCGUGUCUCUUGGAAGGACCGGGACAGAGAUGUCAUCUUUCUUUCUUCUCUUUCUGCACAGUUUAAGCAGAACCCAAAAGAAGUGUUCUCCGAUUUUAAGGACUUGAUUGGCCAGAUUUUAAUGGAAGUGCUAAUGAUGUCCACUCAGACUAGAGAUGAAAACCCAUUUGCCAGUCUGACAGCCACAUCACAGCCAAUUGCUGCAGCAGCACGGUCACCAGACAGAAACCUCUUGCUAAACACUGGCUCCAAUCCAGGAACAAGCCCCAUGUUCUGCAACGUGGGUUCCUUUGGUGCCAGCUCUUUGUCUAGCCUCUAUGAAAGUAGUCCAGCUCCCACCCCCAGUUUCUGGAGCUCUGUUCCCAGGAUGGGCCCGUCUCUUGCCUCACCUUCCCGUGCAGCCAGCCAGUUGGCUGUGCCUUCCACUCCCCUCAGUCCUCACAGUGCAGCCUCUGGAACUGCUGCGGGAAGCCAGCCUUCAUCCCCGCGGUAUCGCCCCUACACUGUCACUCACCCAUGGGCGUCCUCAGGCGUCUCCAUUCUGUCGAGCUCCCCAAGUCCCCCUGCCCUUGCCAGUAGCCCCCAAGCAGUGCCCGCCAGCAGUUCCAGACAGAGGCCCAGCAGCACGGGUCCACCCCUACCACCCGCCUCACCCAGUGCCGCGAGCAGACGCCCCUCCUCCCUGAGGAUCUCUCCUAGUAUGUACGACAAUCCUUUCUCCUUCCUCUUCCUCGCACUUUCUGGGGACAGUAGUGAUGAAGAAGAUGAAGAAGAAGAUGAUGAUGAUGGUGAUGGUGAUGAUGAAGGUGGUGGUGGUGGUGAUGAUUUUUCUUGUGUCCAGUUUGGGUCCAGUUUGGGAGCCUCUGGUGGAGCAAGUAAUUGGGAUUCCUACAGUGACCAUUUCACCAUUGAAACCUGCAAAGAGACAGAUAUGCUGAACUACCUCAUCGAGUGUUUCGACCGAGUUGGAAUAGAGGAAAAAAAAGCACCAAAGAUGUGCAGCCAGCCAGCAGUCAGCCAGCUUCUGAGCAACAUCCGCUCACAGUGCAUAUCCCAUACUGCUUUAGUACUACAAGGCUCCCUAACACAGCCCAGGUCCUUGCAGCAGCCGUCCUUCCUAGUGCCGUAUAUGCUGUGUAGGAAUCUCCCAUAUGGCUUCAUUCAGGAACUGGUGAGAACCACUCACCAGGAUGAAGAAGUGUUCAAGCAGAUAUUUAUCCCCAUUUUACAAGGCCUGGCUCUUGCUGCCAAAGAGUGCUCCCUCGAUAGUGACUACUUUAAAUACCCCCUCAUGGCACUAGGUGAGCUCUGUGAAACCAAGUUUGGAAAGACACACCCUGUGUGCAAUUUGGUUGCUUCUUUGCCGUUGUGGUUGCCGAAAUCCUUAAGUCCUGGCUGUGGGCGGGAGCUGCAGAGACUCUCUUACUUGGGGGCUUUCUUCAGCUUCUCAGUCUUUGCAGAAGAUGAUGUUAAAGUGGUUGAAAAAUACUUCUCAGGGCCUGCCAUUACCCUGGAAAACACUCGUGUGGUUAGCCAAUCAUUGCAGCAUUACUUAGAGCUCGGAAGGCAAGAGCUUUUUAAGAUUCUGCAUAGUAUUUUGUUAAAUGGCGAAACCCGUGAGGCUGCUCUCAGUUACAUGGCGGCUGUCGUCAAUGCCAAUAUGAAGAAAGCACAGAUGCAGACAGAUGAUAGAUUGGUAUCUACAGAUGGAUUUAUGCUGAAUUUCCUUUGGGUACUGCAGCAGCUAAGUACAAAAAUCAAGUUAGAAACAGUUGAUCCCACGUAUAUUUUUCACCCAAGAUGUCGGAUUACUCUUCCAAAUGAUGAGACGCGUGUGAAUGCCACGAUGGAAGAUGUGAAUGACUGGCUGACUGAACUCUAUGGCGAUCAGCCUCCAUUUUCUGAGCCGAAAUUCCCUACGGAGUGCUUCUUUCUCACCCUGCAUGCUCACCACCUGUCUAUUCUGCCUAGUUGCCGUCGCUAUAUCCGCAGACUCCGGGCUAUCCGGGAGCUCAAUAGAACUGUAGAAGAUUUGAAAAAUAAUGAAAGCCAAUGGAAAGAUUCCCCACUGGCAACUAGACACCGCGAAAUGCUGAAGCGCUGUAAAACUCAGCUUAAGAAACUGGUACGGUGCAAGGCCUGUGCUGAUGCUGGCCUACUUGACGAGAGCUUCCUGAGAAGAUGUCUGAAUUUUUAUGGCCUUCUCAUUCAGCUGCUGCUCCGCAUCCUGGACCCCGCAUAUCCCGAUAUAACACUGCCUUUAAAUUCAGAUGUCCCCAAGGUAUUUGCAGCAUUGCCUGAGUUUUAUGUAGAAGAUGUUGCAGAAUUUUUAUUUUUUAUUGUACAAUACUCUCCCCAGGCGCUUUAUGAGCCCUGUACUCAGGAUAUUGUGAUGUUCCUUGUUGUGAUGUUGUGCAACCAGAACUACAUCCGAAACCCAUAUUUGGUGGCCAAACUUGUAGAAGUCAUGUUUAUGACCAACCCUGCUGUUCAGCCACGAACCCAGAAGUUUUUUGAAAUGAUUGAGAACCAUCCUCUCUCCACCAAGUUGUUGGUACCUUCCCUGAUGAAAUUUUAUACAGGUAGGUUGCUGGAACACACAUGGCCUGCCAUUUGCAGUGUGGGUGGAGGCGCCUGUUCCCUGGGAUUUGCAGUGGCGUUUUGCUUCAGGGAGAUGUAUGACCAUGCACAAUAUAAUUGCCUUUCCAGCUCCGGGAAGCAGUUUGUUCGCUAUAUAAACAUGUUGAUAAACGACACGACGUUUUUGCUUGAUGAAAGUCUGGAGUCUCUGAAGCGAAUCCAUGAAGUGCAGGAAGAGAUGAAGAACAAAGAACAGUGGGACCAGUUGCCCCGGGAUCAGCAGCAGGCCCGUCAGUCUCAGCUUGCUCAGGAUGAGCGCGUGUCCCGCUCUUACCUCGCCCUGGCCACCGAAACUGUGGACAUGUUCCACAUCCUCACAAAGCAGGUCCAGAAGCCCUUCCUCAGACCGGAACUUGGACCCCGAUUGGCUGCAAUGCUGAACUUUAAUCUUCAGCAACUCUGUGGCCCCAAGUGCCGUGACCUGAAAGUUGAAAACCCUGAGAAAUACGGCUUUGAACCAAAGAAGCUGUUGGACCAACUGACGGAUAUUUACUUACAGCUGGACUGUGCCCGGUUCGCGAAAGCCAUUGCUGACGAUCAGAGAUCCUACAGUAAGGAGUUGUUUGAAGAAGUAAUUUCAAAGAUGCGGAAGGCAGGGAUCAAAUCCACAAUAGCGAUAGAAAAAUUUAAGCUGCUCGCCGAGAAAGUGGAGGAGAUAGUGGCCAAGAAUGCACGCGCAGAAAUUGACUACAGCGACGCUCCUGAUGAGUUCAGAGACCCUCUAAUGGACACCCUCAUGACUGACCCCGUGCGGCUGCCCUCCGGCACCAUCAUGGACCGCUCCAUUAUCCUGCGGCACCUGCUCAACUCCCCCACGGACCCCUUCAACCGGCAGACGCUGACAGAGAGCAUGCUGGAACCAGUGCCAGAACUGAAAGAGCAGAUUCAGGCAUGGAUGAGAGAGAAACAGAACAGCGAUCACUAAACCGUUCCGCCGCCCGCCCUCUGCUAGACACAGCCAAGGCCAACGAGGCAAGCAGAAGCAGCGGCCGCAGCAAAGCUGCCAUUCACGUGUUGGAGGCCAAAUGUGGCAAACCACCCAGGCCCACCCAGAGCGAGCAAAUGCUGAGACCUGGAAGGACACGGAUGAGAAGAGGAGCCCGGUUCCUGUACAUAUAUUUAAGUGACAAACACGCUCAAAAGCUUAAAGGACAGGUUUUAUGGUUGCUUGUGUAAUAAAGCACGUCCUUCGUAUGUCACAGUUUGGGGCAACUGAAGUCUUUUAGUGAUGGCUGAUGGGUCUGGGCAGCAUCCCUUCAUGAAUUUUUUUUUAAUCCAAUAUCCGUUGAUUUGAUUGUGAUUAGAGAACCUUGGACAUUUUGCUGCUAAAGAAUCUUUUCUCCCCUCUCCCCCUUCCUGACCCUACUUGCACUGCUGUGGAUCUUUUUAAGAGAAGCAAAAACAGAAGUAAACCCCUUUCCCCGGCCCACCAAACAUAUAUUCUGUGAGAUAACUGUGCCUGCUACCAAGUGUUCAUCCUGGGAUCGUAUUUUUAUAUCAUAUUCACAUAUUUGUUUUUUUAAUUGGUGUUAGAUGACAUGAUUAAUAAAAAAGGCAAGAUAUUUUCAGAAUUUGAAUUUCAGUUUUUUUUCUUUUGAAAUGUCCCUUUAAGAUUUUUUUAUUCUAAACAAAAUAAAGAAAAUCUUGCUGCUCUGGUCCUUGUAAUAAGCCUCUAUUAGGCACCUGAGGAGCAACUGCAGCAAAAUCUAGGGGUGUCAGUGUAUCAGGACUUAUGUGACUUACCGUAUUUUGGGAAGAUGAGGGUUGGGUUUUUUGUUUUUGUUUUUGUUUUUGUUUUUUUUUUAAUGCUAUGUGACAGUUCGAAACCUUCACAGUUAUCCUCUGGGGGUAAAUCAAUUCCUCAACCCUUGGGUGUGUGAGUUUGAGGCAGGGUCAUUUGUAUGAUGUGUUUGGCCUUACCAAAGCAAAAGAGGGUGCAAGAAUGUGGGAGUAUGUCUGCCGGUUUCAACACACACAGACAAACACAGCCACACGCGCACACAAGUAUCAGACUUUUCGUAUUACCGCUCCCUACUUAACAUACUUGAAUUCUUGAAUUUCCUUUGGGGUAAAAAAGGAUUUCAAACCAUAAAGUGUUCUGAAGAAAUUAAGUCUAUAAAAAACAUACUUUCUUUUUUCUUUUCCUUUUUUCCCCUCCACAGACAAUGUCCUCUGUUCAAUUCCUAACGCAAACUACAAUAAAUGGUGAUACACAUUCAGAAGAAA